UGAUGGGUAUUUUUUGAACAGCUGCUUUCUGUCUUGUUUCUAUUGUAGAAUUUUUUUAGUAGAGUAGAAUUGAACUAACAAAUAAAGUUAUUUAUUUUAAUAAAAACUGUUUUUAUAACAAUUGUAUUUGGUUCAAAUGUCAGACGCAAGUGGUAAGAAACGAAGUGCAUCGGAGGAAAACGAAAAUCCACAGCACAGAGACGUAGAAGGCGAUGAAAAUGAAAGUGAUGAUGAGGGCUGGAUUGGUCCUAUGCCAGGCGAACAAUCAGCAAUUUCAAAACCUAAAAAGCGAAAGGUUUUGCCAUAUGAAAAGGUGUAUUUGGAAAAUCUACCAAAUGCUGAGAGUUAUGAGAGAAGUUACAUGCAUCGUGAUGUAAUAACACACGUCGUUAGUACAAAGACGGAAUUUAUUGUCACUGGUAGUUAUGAUGGCCAUAUAAAAUUUUGGAAAAAAAUGGAGGAAGGGAUAGAAUUUGUAAAGCAUUUUCGAAGCCAUUUAAUGCCAAUACACUCUUUAAUAACGAACACAAGUGGCACACUUCUGUGCUCGGCAUCAGCGGACAAAUGUGCUAAAAUUUUCGACGUAGUUAACUUUGAUAUGAUAAACAUUAUUAAAUUGGGUUUUACGCCCUUGUGUUCUGAAUGGAUACAUUCCUCUGGUGAUGCUGUACAUAGUUUGGCAAUUUCAGAUAAAGACAGUAAUAAAAUAUUUAUAUACGAUGGACAAGGAAAUGGAGACGUUCUACAAGUUUUGGAUAAACUGCACUCUGCGCCAGUAGUGGCUAUGUGUUAUAAUUUAGCGUUUGAAACUGUUAUUUCGGUUGAUAAAAAUGGAAUACUUGAAUAUUGGCAAAACUCUAAGCAUGACUACAAGUUUCCCCAAAAGCUUGUGACGUUCGAAUCAAAGUUAGACACAAGCCUGUUUGAGUUUGCGAAAAACAAAGCUCUGGUUACUGGUCUUGCCGUGGCACCUGACGGUCGUCGAUUUGCCGCUAUAUCAAAUGAUCGAAAAGUAAGAUUAUUUCAAUUUAACACCGGUAAACUAAUACGGGUAUUGGAUGAGGCUUUAACGACAUACACCCAAAUGCAGCAAACUCCACAUGCGCUACCGAAUAUGGAAUUCGGCAGAAGAAUGGCUGUGGAGCGGGAUUUGGAUAAAUCAGAAUUUAAUACAAGCAACAAUAUACUCUUCGACAUCAGCGGUCAUUUUAUAAUGUAUCCCACCAUGUUGGGCGUUAAAGUAAUUAAUAUUGAAACAAAUAGAUGUGUUUCAAUUCUAGGCAAAACCGAUAAUAUACGUCCACUUCAUAUUGCACUAUUUCAGGGCAAAGCGAAAAAAUCUAAGGCGGCAAUUACUCUGGAACAAGAGGCUAGCGAUAAUCCCACUUUACAAUCCAUUGCUAAUGAUCCAACGGUUUUCUGUGCCGCUUAUAAAAAGCCAAGAUUUUAUCUAUACAGUCGUCGGUUGCCAUCUGACUUACAGGAUGUUGAUCGAGAUGUAUUCAAUGAAAAGCCGUCUAAAGAAGAUAUUAUUGCUGUACCAGAGGGUCAAGGUACACAACGUGUCUACGAAAACGCUGUUUUGCAUACAACAAUGGGCGACAUACAUAUGAAACUCUUCUACAAGGAGUGUCCUAAAUCAGUCGAAAACUUUUGUGUUCACUCAAAAAAUGGUUACUAUAAUGGGCACAUCUUCCAUCGUGUUAUAAAAGGUUUCAUGAUACAAACUGGAGAUCCUACAGGUACAGGAACUGGUGGCAAAUCGAUAUGGGGUAAUGAUUUCAAAGAUGAAUUUGUGCCAAGUCUCAAACAUGAUCGCCCUUACACCGUCAGCAUGGCAAAUGCUGGACCAAACACCAAUGGCAGUCAAUUCUUCAUUACAGUAUUGCCUACGCCAUGGCUUGAUAAUAAGCAUACGGUGUUUGGUCGUGUGUUUCGUGGUAUGGAAGUUGUACAAAAUAUUUGCAAUGCAAAAGCAAAUCCUAAAACCGACAAGCCCUAUGACGAUAUCAAAAUAAUAUCUAUACGCUUGAGUAAUUAAUACUUUAUUUUAUUAUAAUGUAUAAUUAACUUUGUUUAUUUGUCAUAUUUAGAAUUCUAUAUAUUGUGUAUAGUGACAUCGUUUUACGUAUUUUUAUACUUACCAUAAAACUGCAUAUUUAGGAUAAACAUACGUUUUUUAUUAUUUCUAUUCGUAAAAGAUUUUAUAUUUAAGUGAAUUGCGUAUAAACUUAAGUGCGUACGUUAUGUUCACAAUCACACUUAUAAAUACAUAUUUACAUAAUAUUUUCGUAAUAUAUUUCUCUGUGUAUGAAUUUCAAAUGACAAAUAAAACAUUUACGCUUAUACAAAACAUA